AAUGUUAAAAUUAAACAAUCUCUAAUGCUAAAGAAUGGAAAGUUAGAAAAAUUGAAGUAUGUUGGUCACGUGGUUGCUGCAGAAGUUCUACAGAAGUUUGUAUCAUCUAAGACGGCACGUAUUUCAGACGUUGCAAGUGGAACAGGUCUUGUUGGUGAACAGUUGAAGACACUUGGCUAUGAGACAAUUGAUGCAGUUGACUGUAGUACGGAAAUGAUAGAGAUUGCCCGAGCAAAAAACAUCUAUGAGAAUUUAUAUGUACAGUGGAUUGGAGGAGGAAAGAGACUUAGCUUUGAUGAUGAUACAUACGACGUCAUCGUCUGUGCGGGAGGCUUUUUCGGCAAUGGUUUGAAGAGUGACAGUUUUAAUGAAUUUGUUCGUGUAGUUAAACCAGGUGGAUUUAUAGUGAUUACAAUGCGGGCCAUGUGGUUGGACCUCGAGCCAAAUUACAACAAUGGAAAGCUAGAACGUGACAUGCAGCAACUAGAAAAAGAAGGCUUUUGGAAACUAAUGGAGAAAGACAUCAGAUAUAAAGGUGGUACUUGUGAAAGUAUUGUGACGUUUGUUCAUCGCGUGUGUUGAAUCGAAAGAUGUAGAUGUAGUCUAGCAGUGGCAAAGAAAUUUACCUGAUGAAGCUAGCUUAAACUAGUCAAAGAUUGAGUCUCAAUAAAUUUCGUUAGAAAUGUGCUACCGUACUUAUUUCAUUUGUUUUUCACGCUAUUGACUAAUACGGCUCCAACAUUUUUUAAUAAUAAUAAUCAUUUUUGCGGCACCUAUUUUCUCACGCAAAGCAUAUCAGUUAUAGUUUAAAUGUCAACAAACCUCUAUUUUUUACCAAAAAAUCAUGUCUUUAGCCCAAACAAGUGUAAAAAAAUUGGGGUUUUUUUACGUUCCAGAGAUUUUCUUGAAAAGCAUGUUGAUAAAAGUAUUCCAUUCUUAUCUGCAUAUUUGUGAAAUAAAGAGAAUGGCCAUAUAGAUUCUAAA